AAAACAUCAAAUUGCGUCAGAUUCGAUAGCGUCCUACACUUGCGGAGCACGUUUUGGAAUAUUCUUCGUUCUUCGUAUAAUUUUUGAAUACUGAUACGAAAAUGUCGUACAAAGGGCCACAGAAAGUUCAGAAGGUGAUGGUUCAACCCAUCAACCUUAUAUUUCGCUAUUUACAAAAUCGCUCUCGUGUGCAAGUCUGGCUGUUCGAGAAUGUAAACCUGCGGAUCGAAGGCCACAUUGUCGGUUUCGAUGAAUAUAUGAAUCUGGUGCUGGACGAUGCCGAGGAGUACCAUCAAAAAACGAAGAACAGAAAACCACUUGGACGGAUCAUGCUAAAGGGUGACAAUAUCACGCUGAUUCAAAAUACCAAUCCUGGGGCGAAUUAAGAAGAACAUAACAUAACCUCAAUUCAGCCCAAUUUUGGCGGCUGCCGGCUUUGAUGGACUGGCGAAGUUUUGUGGACUAUACAGAAAAAAAAAAACACUCAGGGAGUUUCUUGAAUGCAAAAAUCGAUAAUUCUUUGAAUGUGAAAAAAAUGUAUCGCGUGAUUGAUGACUAUAUUUAUAGAAAUUUGUACUAAUUUUAGUUUUUUAAAACAUUUCUGUUGUGCAUCAAUGGGAUGAAUGUAACAUAUGAUUUGCAACAUAAAUUCUGUUAAAAAGACUGUUCAAUGAUUUGCAUUAACAUUCAUUCAAUAUCUAAUUUAAUUUAUGAUGAGUAUUCAUUAAAACAUGACAUGCAUUGUGAACACUUUGUAGAAAUAUAAAGAAUGUCAAAUCAUUUUGUAUGUAAUAUUCAAUAAAAGGUAUUAAAAUAUCCA